AUGGCUUCAUAUUAAUUAAUAUUUUUACUUGGUUAAAAAAAUAGUAAUAAUUAUAAUAGAUCUAAGGAUUCCACCUAGCGAUUUUCGUUAUGUGUACAAAUUCAUUAUAGAAAUAUGGUUAAUUUGUGAUGACUUAAUUACGUUUGUUUAUACCUUUUUUAACGUGUCCAUAAAAAUCUUCGAAAAUGGAUGGUAUCGGCAACGAAAUUGGCCUAAAGAUGCGGUCGGCUAUCAAGGCCAAGCUGACUGAAUUGGGUUGUUAUGUGGAUGAUGAGCUCCCUGAUUAUGUGAUGGUUAUGGUUGCAAAUAAACGUACGAGAGCCCAGAUGGAGGAUGACUUGCAAUUGUUCCUUGGUGAUAACACUGAAAUGUUUGUCAAUUGGCUACACCAAGUACUUAAAAAACUUCAAGAAGUCACCGUGACUCCAUUAAGUAAGUAUAUGUUACCCUUAGAGGCUGAGCUCGAGAAAAAGAAAGAACGAUCUGGGUCCAAAGAAAGAAAAGACAAAGAAAAAAAAGAUAAAACAAAAACAAAGAAAGGUGAAUCUUCAAAAAAGUCAAAGAAAAAAGAAAAAGAAAAGGCUCGUAAGAAGGAAGAAAAAAAGUCCAAUAAAAGUAAGAAAAAAAGCAAACAUGAAAUGAUUCGUCCGAAUAUUCCACCAUUACUCAUGAAUAUAGAGAAAGAUUCUGAACCAUCUAUUACAGAUGUAUUUGCCGGUCAGAUUUUGAAGAAUCAUGGAAUUAAUCUGGAUGCAUAUAAAGAUGAUUUGAAAAUAAUUGAAACAAAAACUGCUUUGAAGAAACUGAAACGACCAAUAGUGCCUAUUAUUGAUCCAGCAACUAUAUCUUCGCAAUCUGAAGAUGCUACACUUUCAGAAGAUAAUGACAAAACAACAGAUAGCCUAAUUACUAAUACUCCUAAACCAAGUAAUAGUGAAGAUAAUAUUCAGGAAAUGAAUAAGAUCGAGGCAAAAAUACAAGGCUUGAGACAGAAGUUAGUUGAGCAGUUGGACUCAAUGUCUGACGAUGAGGAUUUUUUGAAUAUUAGAACAGAGGCAGAAGAACUUAUGAAUGAUUUUGCUGAAGAUGUUUUACAGGAAAUAUCUCAACCACCACCGGUUACACCCCCAUUACGUACUAAUAAAGCACUCUUUCCCAUCCAAAAAUCAAUACCAAAUAUCCAAAAAUCAAAGGAUACACACAAAGAACCAGAAAUCCUGCCCCAGAUAGAAUUGAAUCUACCUAAAAGACCAAUCCGUGAAAGAUUGGGUGCACGUGAUGUAUUAGCCGUUCAGGAAGUCAAAGAAAAAGAAUCAGCUAAAAAAGCAGAGAGUCCUGAAAGAUUUACCCCAGAAAAGGAAAUUGAAAUUCGACCAAAGCCCAGGUCUUCAAGGAGUCGAAUAGGGAAUCACAGUGAAUCUCAAAAGAAACCCUCUGUGUCUGAGGGAAACCAUGAAAAAGAGUCCUCCUCAAAGAGACUCACUUCAAAGGUGUCGGUGCUGGAGAGCCGCUGCGCGUCCGUGGUGCGCGUGCGGCCGCGGCCGCGCGUGGGCGCGCCCGCCUCCAGCCUGCUGCUGCGCGCCGUGGCCGACGCGCACAAGAGCCUCCUCAAUAUACCGCCGAAAGUAGACCACGAGUCGCAGAAGAUAAAGCGUGCGCUGGUGCUGCCGAUGCGGCGAUGUAUGGAAUCCCAGAAGAUUGUUAUACAAGUGCCCGGUGACACACACUCGGACAGUCAGGGAGAUACUAUUAGCUUGGGCGAUAUUGAUAGUGAAGGAGACGACAAAAACUCAAAAAACACGAAGAAGGAUGAAUUAGUACCACAAUCUAUUACCAAAGUAAUACACAAUACUGACAGUAAGGGGAAAAAUACGUCGAGCCGACUAGACGAAAGUUUUAUGGAUACCAUCAAAAUUCAUAACACCACAGUUGAUAAAGACAAAGCUACCCAAUUCAUAGUUACGAUGGAUGGCUAUCAUCCAAAUGCAUUCCUCGCAAAGAAACUCUUGACGGAGGGCAUCCUUGAUGACGACGAUUCAAAAGAAACCGAGAAACCAGAACAGAAAGAGACACACAAACAAACCAAAGAUACUGCUAUUGACAAACCAGAAAGCAAAAAAGAAACAGGAACGUCGACAAAUCUUUUCAAAAAAAGGUUAAGUAAUACGAGUGAAGAAAGUAAUACUCAAGUCAUUAUCAAACAAGAUCACGAUUUAAUUGAAACGAGAAAAAGCACCGAAGAAAUGGAAUCUGCAAGCAAACUCGAUGACUCCCCUCCGGUCAAAAAACGAAAAGCAUCGCCAAUAGUAUUUGACGUAGAUAAGAAAGAGAAAGAAAGAGUAAGAGAGAGGACAGUCAGUGCUAGCAGUGACAGUCAUGUUACGUUGACUUCAAAUUCUAACACCCAUAAAUACGACGAUUUGCCUCCAUUGAGCCAAGCGGAGCGCAAGGCGGUGUGGUGUCGCUCGUUCCCGCUGUGCCGCUUCGGCUCGGCGUGCGUGUUCCAGCACCCGCGCUGCAAGUUCGCGGCGGCGUGCACGCGGCGCGGCUGCGCGUACUCGCACGCGCCCGCGUCGCCCUCCGCGUCGCCCGCCCCGCUCGCCCCGCUCGCCCCCCUCGCCGUGACCUCUGCGCCGCUACUCGCAUCCCAUGUAGUGCCAGCAGCGAACUACAAGUCAAUUUCCGCGGUGGUACCACCUAGUAUGUGCAGAUUCUACCCAAACUGCGUCAACCCCACCUGUCACUAUUACCACCCUAAACCCUGCAGAUUCGGCAAGGCCUGCACAAAUAAACUUGAAUGUAAUUUCUACCACAAUGAUGUUCCCUCAAAAUGGAAAUAUUCCGUUUAAUAAUAUAAAAUAUAUUUAGUGGACUAA